GCCACCUUUAAACGUGGACGCAAUAGCAGAAGGUGUUCCAUCAUGUCGCAUGGAAACGAAAUCGCUACUGCCCUGGAUCCGAUCAUGGACUCCAGUGCAUCCCACCCGGAAAAGAUCAGCUCGACCAUGGAUCACUUCACCUACCUUAUCGAAAACUCUCUGACAUCCAACCAACUGGUCGAGUUUGCCAGAUACCUCCUUACUUCAUCUUCCGUCCCGCUCAUCGUCGGCCGACAAGCCCUGGAAUACUUUGUCCUCUUUCUGUGUGGUGGGAGCGGGGUGGACCUUUCUCUCAUCAGGCCGGCGAGCAGUAAUAGCAGCAAUAAACCUACCGAAACGGAGGCAGAACAGACCAACCCUGGACCGGAAAAGUACCUAGAUGCACAAGAAUUAGAAUGGUUCAACAAGGGCGCGGCCUCCUUCGCCAAGCAAGAAGAACAAGGAGAAGAGAUUAGGGAGUCCAUCGUCCGAACGUUAGUAGGACAGACUUCUGAGCUUCUCCAACCUGGGGGUUGGGGUGAAGAUCAGAUGAUCUCCCUGAAAUACCUCUUAUCUCAUAUCCAAGAGACUCAGGAAGAAUGGCAAGAAGCAGCAGGGACGCUCAGCUCUAUCCCUCUCGAAUCCGGUACCAGGACUCUGUCUGAUCAGCACAAGUUGGCGGUCUACAUCAAGAUCGUCAGACUCUACCUCGAGGCGGGCGAAUCGGGCUUGGCGCAGACGACCUUCGGUCGGGCGGCGCUCUUGAUCCACUUGACCGAGGACAAGGCGACUCAGUUGGCUUACAAGCUGUGUCAGGCGAGAUUGCUGGAUUUCAGUAGGAGGUUCAACGAGGCUGCGAGCAGGUAUCACGAGUUGAGCUUCGUCAACGAGAUCGACGAAGAAGAGAGGAUAUACAUGCUCUCGGCAGCGGUCACUUGUGCCAUCCUCGGUCCUGCCGGACCUCAACGUUCCCGUAUCCUAGCCAAUCUGUACCGUGACGACCGGACCACAACAGCCCUUCCCGCUCACCGCUCGUCCAUCCUCCGCAAGAUGUUUUUGGACCAGAUCUUGCGAGUCGAGGAGAUCAAGGAGUUUGAAAAGGAACUCGCCGUGCAUCAACUCGCCACGCUUGAAGUGGACAAGAGGUUGAUGGCUAGUACCGAGGGAGAAGAGGGGGUCACGGGAAGGAGGGCACCGAUCAACGUGUUGGAUCGGGCGGUUAUGGAGCAUAACGUGUUGGCCUGCGCCAAGGUUUACGACAAUAUCCGGUUUGACGGACUGGGAGCUUUGUUGGACUUGACGCCGAAUGCGGCGGAGGCUAUGGCAAGGACUAUGAUCGAACAGAAACGUCUCCGAGCCUGGAUCGACCAGGUCGACCGCUUGAUUUACUUUGAGGGUCGAUCGAAUCAGGAUCAAGACGACCUUCAAGGAACUGCCGGAGGUCUGGGCAUUGAGCAGGUUGAGAAGCCCGUGGAGGGUAUCAGCCUUACCGAGCGUUGGGACGAGAGGAUCAAGGAGACGGCGACCAAGGUCGAAUUCAUCGUCAAUCUGAUCGAGAGCAAAGAUCUGAUGGCAAGCAACGGGCAGGCGCCAAUGAAAGUCGAUUGAUUGCGAGUUGAUCCGACUCCUUACGAAUCGCUCCACACGAGCAACACUUCACGCCCUGUCAUGACCCAUUCUGUUGUACAUGCGACCAAGCACUACGACGCACAAUAUGCUGCUGUACCGAUCGAGAGAAACAAACGGAUUAUACCUGGGU